CACACACACACACAGAAAAAGAGAGAAGACAGUCCCAUCUCUUCAUUCCCUGUCUGCUCAGUGUCUGAGACUGAGCACAGUGAGUCCAUUAUUUUACUCCUCUCCAUAUCUGGAAUUUAUUCCUACUUAAAGGGUUUUCAUGCAGGGACAGACAGCAGGCUACUAUUGGACCUAACAGGAAAAUGGUUCCAGUUAAACUCCUCAUUCUGGGAGCUCAGAACACUGGAAAAACAGCACUGUGUGUACGUUUCAUAACCAAGCGCUUCAUUGGGGAAUACGAUCAUAAAAAGGAGGUGACCUACAGAUGCAGUCGGGUGGUGGAUCAGGAAGCUGUUGAUCUGGAGAUUUUGGAUAUAGCUUGUAAGGAGAGCUCUGUGGCUUCUCUGGAGUCGUCCAUCCGCUGGGCCGACGGCUUCCUGCUGCUCUACUCCAUCACACAGCGCCUCAGCUUCCUGGAGGUCCCGCGACUCAAGGAGCUCAUCGACCAAACCAAACAGAGUCUAGUUGUUCCUACAGUGCUGGUAGCCAAUAAGGACGACUUGGAAAUUGGCAGGGAGGUGACAACAGAGGAAGGACAGAGACUGGCCACGGAUUUGAGGUGCAGUUUCAGGGAGCUGUCAGUGGCAGAAGUGGGUUUAGGUGUGGAAGCAGCUGUGUUUCAGCUCAUCAGGCUGGUGUUGGAUCAGCAGCGCCCUCUGCCUGACCGCCGCUCCUACAUGCUGACUGUUCGCCACGCUCUGACCAGGAAACUGACCAGAUCUAAGACCAUGCAGUGGUGACCACAGCAAACAGGCAAUUCUCCAUUUAUUCCAGUGGGACAUUUAAGAAAACUGCUACUCUCAUAACACUGCAGUUUUAUGAUAUCAGCACUGUAAGAGUAUUCCCUGGCUUUUGAAACUUAAAGAUCUGUUGAAUCACUCAGCAUGUAUGGAGGAAACAUUUUAAACUUCAGGUCUGACAGUGUUCAAGGCAUCUACUUUGGAGUUUUUAUGUAACACUGAUGACUUGGCUGUUUUCUAGCAUAAGCCUGCAGCAUCAGGUUGUCUGGAUUCAUGGUUUCCCAAAGGAUUUUACCAAAGUGUAGGCUAUAACACUAGCUACAACAUCACAAACAUAACCAAAUGUUUUGCCACUCAAAGAAAAUCACUCCAAAGAAAAAGAAAAAUUGAGUGUGAGUUUGCCUGUUGUAGAGAGUUUCUGCUAAACUUUUUGCUAAUAUUACUGCACAAUCCCAGCUCAGCCUGAGGUCAUCUGGAAAGGACGUUGGAUCCGGAUCAAUACAAUAUUAGAAGGCAAAAUACGUGUCAGCAUCUAGAGAGAGUUUGGAUGAGCUUCAAUAGAGGAGAAAACGUGCUAGUAAAUAUUAAGUGGCCCAAAAUACACAUUCGAGGCCAGAUGGAGUCCCUUUUUCAGUUAGAUUUUAGAUAAACACCAAGUUAUUUUAAAAGACAAUAAUAUCUGUGCAGAAAUACAGUAAUCAAUUAAAUAUUUUUCUCUA